AGAUAAAAAGGACUGGCUUUUGCCUGUUGCUUCAUAUCAAGCCUCUGUCCCUCCUAGAGUCGUCUUUUGUACCUUGGGGUACCCGGGCAACACUUGAGAGAACAGUGGUGUACAUACGAAUCCACCCGACUCAGGAUGUGGCACAAAGAGAGAAAAACCACUGUACAACGCUGCCCUCACGCUUCCCAGGGAAGCCAAGGCCUGACUCUGUGGGAGCCAGAGGGUCAGGGACGAAUUAAAGGUGAGUCUCCAUCUCCUGGUUUCUUAUCAUGUCACGUUUGUGCUUUUGAUCCUGAGACAGAAGAACUCUUGGCAUAACUGUAUUGUACCCAUCAGUAUAUACCCCGGCCUCCUGCACAGUGAGGGCACUGAGACCCGGAGAAGAUCUUCUGACCUCAUAGCAGGUGACCAGCAGAGCCAAGACCAACCCAGGGCUCCCGGGCAGGGGGCCGGGCGGCCACGGAGCUAGGAGACUGGGCUCUGAUCGCAGAGGGUCAUGCUUAACCCAGAGAAGGCGGGAUUUCAGGCACCAUGAUGUUCCCAACCCUUAGGGGGCUGGAGGUGACAUAAAGAGAGAUCCUCACCUGCUCCAGCUGCCCCUCGGUGUCCUCGAUGUCCAGGGCAGGUGGCCGCCUCUGGUGCUGGCACACUAGCUGGAACAGGUUGAGUGCGGCCAUCCUGGUGUGUCCCAGGAGCAGGGUCUUCUCAGCCGCGGUGUUCUGGAUCUGAAUACACUUGGAUUCCUGGAGAACACCGCCCCCUUCCCCAUUAAGGUGUGAGCUGGCCUGAGGAGGCCUGGGACCACAUUCGCGUCGACCUCCCACCGGUCAUAGAUGCCCCUAGGUGCUAUCAGGGAGAGGAGUGCUGGACUCGGGUGUCAAGUUCUCAUAGGAGGAGUGCUGGACUCGGGUGUCAAGUUCUCAUAGGAAGGGCCUCCUGCGCCCUAAAGUGCUUUCCGAUGCCUGAAACCUGCCCAUGAGCGUAGCGUUGCCCCAUAUGGCACUCCUCCCGGCGGUGGGAGGCUGGGGUCCCGGGCGCCCACCUCCUCCCGGCGGCGGUACCCAGUGCAGCGUGCGCUCCCGCGCCGCCUCCAGUUGCUCCAGCAGUUGCGCUCGCCGCUGGCCCUGCCGCAGCAGGUCGUCCUGCCAGGUGUCCCGCAGCCGCCGCAGCCGCGCGCGCGCCUCCUCCAGCUCCGCGAGCCGCUGGCGCUCCGUGAGCCUCAGCGCCGCCUGCGUGUCGGCCAGGCCGUCGAAGCGCGCCACCAGCUCGGGGACCUCUUGGAACUGGGAUAGGGUCGGGAGGGGGACUCACCGGGACUGCAGCCCCCCUGCCCUUCCUCGCCCUACCAUCCCCCGCGCCUCCUCAGCCCAACUGUGAAAUGGGGGCAUCACACAGCCCCUGCCCCAGAAGUGUGAUUACUCCGGCCCCUCCCCACCUCCACCAUCAAACCUAGCUAAGCUUCACUGCCUGUGAUUAAUACUAAGUCACUGUUUCAUUCAACUAAUACUGAGUGUUUGGAUUCCCCCUCCCCCCACCUGCCUGUGUGUCCUUGAGUAAGUUAUCUUUCUGAGCCUCAGUUGCCCCAUCUGUAGAAUGGGGUUGGCAAUAACAAGACUCACUUCACUGGACCUUGGAGAGAAUUCAAGAACAAAGCGUGUUCCUGACAUACAGUUAGUGCUCAAUAAGUGGUGACUCCUGGCAUACAGUCAGCGCUCCAGUAGUGCACACUUCCAAAGCCGUCCCUAAGGCUGCCUGGGGCUGCACGUGGCGCUGAACACCAAAACUUCUGCAGGGCGCUCACCUCGGGCAGCUGCUCCAGUACUUGCCCCAGCAGGCGCGCGCAAGGCUCGAGGCGCCAAAGCAGGCGCUGCAGCCGCGCGCGCUCCCGCUGCAGCUCCUCCAGCUGAGCCCGAAGUCGCAGCGCCUCCGCCUCCCGGCGGCUCGCCAGUUGCCGCUCCUCCGCCGCCCUCCGCAGUGCGCGGCUGCGCCGGGCCUCCGCAUCCUAGGAAGGAGGGAUGGAGAGGAGGCGACGACCCCCAGGACUUGGGAGCCUGCGGAGCUUGCCGCAUCCACUCCACCCCGACAUUCGCACGCUGAGUCACGGGUUGCAAACAGAUGGCCCACGGGCCAAAUCCAGCCAGAAUCUCUGAUUUUGGUCCCUCACUCCUCUCCCACGCUUUUAAAAAUGCUUCAGGCAGUAGUGUGUAUUUCCCACCACUCCCUUUUGUAUUGGUAAGCCCACUUUUUAAGUUUAUGUCUGGCUCCUUUAGGAUUGUGACUUUGUGACCCUCUGCCCUGCCUCCCCCCAGCAGGCUCCACCUACCUGCAAAAAUUUUUCAAAGCGGACAAAGGACCCCUUUAACUCCUGCUCUUUCUGUUCCAAUUGUUCCCACCGCUGUUUCAGGGAUGUCUGCAUAGUCUGGAACACCUGGGGGGUAAGGAGUGGGUGUCUGUGUUUGUUUGGGGUUUCAAGUCAUCCAGCGCUUUCACGCUCACACUUAACCUCGCUCACCUUUUGCCCUUAAUCUUUUUUUUUUUUUUUUGGCUGCGCCUUGCGGCAUGUGGCAUCUUAGUUCCCAUGCCCCCUGCAGUGGAAGCGCGGAGUCCUAACCACUGGACCACCAGGGAAGUCCCUUUUGCCCUUAAUCUUGUCACUGCACCCUUGCUCAAAUCCACCUGUGGCUCUCACCACCCACGAUGAAGCCCAAAUUCCCUCCUGUAGCCCCUGCAUGUCAGCAUCCCUGCUCUUCCUUGGGGCCUCAUCUUACCCUCUCUCCUCUGAUACUGUCUUCUAGCCUCUUACCCACCUGUGUUUUGUCCUUGCCUUCCUGUCUUUGUAUAUGUUGCUCCCUCUGCCUGUUUCUCCCUCCUCACCCUGUCCCCCUUUGCUGGAUAAGCCGACUUGCCCUUCAGCAUUCCCUAAGACAUCACUUCCUCCAGGAGGUCCUCCAUGACCACCCCUGUGUAGAGAUAGGGGCUUUCUCUGGGCUCCCACAGCCCCUGCUCAGUGCUUCCCCCCUCACAGCCAUCACCACCUGGACACUUGUCUGUCCCCUUCUCUAAGCUGUGAGCCCAUGAGGGCAGGGACUGUGGUGAGACCUCUAGAUCCCAGUGCAGUGCCCUGCAUGCAGUAGCUGCUCAAUGCACAUUUAUUUGCACCAACCACUGAUCUCAUUUGAUCCCCCAUUUGAGAGACGAGGAAACCAAGGCUCAGGACGGUGAUUUGUCUCAGACCUUGUAGUAAUAAGUUGGCUCCAUCACUUUCCCAUCUUUUUCUUCCCAUCUUUUUUUAACUUUUUGUCCCCAAAAGUUUCAGGGACUGCAUUGAGUGGCUCACCUCCUUCUGGGCCUGAAGGCCCUGGUCCGCAUCCACCAGUUCCUGCCUCUUCUCCAAGAGACGCAGCAGUGGCGGUGGGACGUGGUCCACAUUCUGCCCCUGGAUCUUCCUGGAGGGGCUCAAGGAAGAGCUACCCGCGUGUCGGACAGGCGGCGCUGGGAUCCCGGGACAGGGUGCCAGGCUCGCUGUUUGUGACACGUAGACGCCCUCCGCGCCGCGGUACAGCCUCGGAACCUGGACGUCCUCCUGGCCGGAAAGUUUGGGCCUGGGCGCCAUGGCCAAGAGCAGCUCCCUGAAUGUCCGCGUCGUGGAGGGCCGGGCGCUGCCCGCCAAGGACGUGUCUGGGAGCAGCGACCCCUACUGCAUAGUGAAAGUGGACGACGAAGUGGUGGCCAGGACAGCAACCAUCUGGCGAAGCCUGAGCCCCUUCUGGGGGGAGGAGUACACAGUGCACCUGCCCCUGGAUUUCCACCAUCUGGCCUUCUAUGUGCUGGACGAGGAUACCGUGGGGCACGACGACAUCAUAGGCAAGAUCUCACUGAGCAGGGAGGCCAUUACAGCUGACCCCCGAGGAAUUGAUAGCUGGAUCAACCUGAGCCAUGUGGACCCUGAUGCAGAGGUGCAGGGUGAGAUCUGCCUGGCCGUGCAGAUGCUGGAGGAUGUGAGGGGCCGUUGUCUUCGCUGUCACGUGCUCCAGGCCAGGGACCUGGCCCCCCGAGACAUCUCCGGCACAUCUGACCCAUUUGCACGUGUGUUUUGGGGCAGCCAGAGCUUGGAGACUUCGACCAUCAAGAAGACUCGCUUCCCACACUGGGAUGAGGUGCUGGAGCUGCGGGAGAUGCCAGGUCCCCCAUCCCCGCUGCGGGUGGAGCUCUGGGACUGGGACAUGGUUGGCAAGAAUGACUUCUUGGGCAUGGUGGAGUUCCCCCCGCAGGUCCUACAGCAGAACCCGCCCAAUGGCUGGUUCCACCUCCUGCCCUUUCCCAGAGCGGAGGAGGAUUCUGGGGGGAGCCUGGGUGCUCUUCGGCUGAAGGUGCGCCUGACCGAGGACCGCGUCCUGCCCUCCCAGUACUACCAGCCACUCAGGGAGUUGCUCAUGGAGUCUGUGCUGGGGCCGGCAGAGGAAGAUGCUGCCAGCCCCCUGGCUGUCCUGGAGGAGCUGACCUCGGGGGACUGCCGCCAGGAGCUUGCCACCAAGCUGGUGAAGCUCUUUCUUGGACAGGGCCUGGCUGGGCCCUUUCUGGACUAUCUCACCCGGCGUGAGGUGGCACGGACCACUGACCCCAACACCCUCUUCCGUUCUAACUCCCUGGCAUCCAAGUCAAUGGAACAGUUUCUGAAGCUCGUGGGCAUGCCCUACCUGCACGAGGUCCUGAGGCCGGUGAUUAACCGCGUCUUCGAGGAGAAGAAGUACAUGGAGCUGGACCCGUGCAAGAUGGACCUGGGCCGCACGAGGAGAAUCUCCUUCAAGGGUGCACCCUCCGAGGAGCACGUGCGGGAGGCCAGCCUGGGACUGCUGACGGGCUACCUGGGGCCCAUCUUGGAUACCAUUGUGGGCUCCGUGGGGCGCUGCCCGCCCGCCAUCCGUCUCGCCUUCAAGCAGCUGCGCCAGUGCGUGGAGGAGCGCUUUCCCCAGGCAGAGCACAAGGAUGUGAAGAACCUGGCCAUAAGUGGCUUUCUCUUCCUGCGAUUCUUCGCUCCUGCCAUCCUCACCCCGAAGCUGUUUGACCUUCGGGACCAGCACGCAGAUCCCCAGACCAGACGCUCACUGCUGCUGCUUGCCAAGGCUGUGCAGAGCAUUGGAAACCUGGGCCAGCAGCUGGGCCAGGGCAAGGAGCUGUGGAUGGCCCCCCUACACCCCUUCCUGCUGCAGAGUAUUUCGCGUGUGAGAGACUUCCUGGACCAGCUGGUGGAUGUGGAUGGGAAGGAGGAGCCUGGGGGCCCAGGCAGGGCCCUGGUCCCGCCCUCGGUGACCGUUCGAGAAGGCUACCUGCUCAAGCGCAAGGAAGAGCCCGCCGGCCUGGCCACACGCUUUGCGUUCAAGAAGCGCUACUUCCGGCUCAGCGGGGAGAUGCUCUCCUACUCUAGGAGUCCUGAGUGUCAGACGCGAUCCUCCAUGCCGGUGUCGCACAUCCGCGCCGUGGAGCGCGUGGACGAGGGCGCCUUCCAGCUGCCGCACGUGAUGCAGGUGGUGACGCAGGACGGCGCGGGAGCGCUGCACACCACCUACCUCCAGUGCAAGAACGUGAACGAGCUCAACCAGUGGCUAUCGGCCCUGCGCAAGGCCAGCGCCCCCAAUCCGGACAAGCUGGCCGCCUGGCACCCCGGUGCGUUCCGCAGCGCGCACUGGACCUGCUGCCUCCAGGCCGAGCGCUCAGCGGCCGGUUGCAGCCGCACACACUCAGCCGUCACCCUGGGGGACUGGAGUGACCCGCUGGAUCCCGAUGCUGAGACCCAAAUGGUGUAUCGGCAGUUGCUUCUAGGGCGGGACCGGCUCAGGAUGAAAUUCCUGGAGGAUUCCACCCUGGAUACGACUCCCGAGGCAGACACAGAGAAGGGCUCCAGUGCCACGGAAGCGGCCUGUCCUGCUGCCCUGGCUCACCAGAGAGAGGCAGCUGCCCGUCUGCUGGAGGUGCUCGCAGACCUGGAUCAAGCCCACGAGGAGUUCCAGCCUCAGGAGCAGCGGAAGGUGGCCCCAGGCCCCCUGAGGCCCUGAGGACACGCCAGAGCCAGCCUGAAAGGAGGCUAAAAGAGCCGGUGGGCCCUUCUCAGCGUCCCCUGGCCCAGGAGUCUCCUCGUGGCUGUCUGGUACCUCAUGGAUGCUGUGGCUUGCAGGCUCCUGGAGAUAUCCUAAUCCCAUGUGUCCUAAGCUGAGAACCCAGGCAUGGAAACCCUUUGGCAGGGGACCAUCCUUGCACUGAAUGAGUCUUACCCUCUGGGUUGAGGCACUCUGGAGUGGAUGGAAUAAGGAACCUAACCCACUUGUCUCAGCCUGAGGUUUCUGCUUCACAGGACUGGCCUCUACCCACACUGACAUGGCCAGCCUGGCCCUGAGCUGCUGGAUACAGCUGUACCUGAAUCCCUGAUGCCCAUGUGGCCUUGUUGCCCCAGAUAGGCACUAAACAGGCUCAGCCCUUCCUGUUUUCAUGUCUGCCAAUCCCUGUAGCCACAUUGAUCCUCCUGAACCCUGUCCUUGGCCGAGAAUCCUAACCGCAAGCCUCCAGAAUCAGGUGCCCUCAGGAAUAACUGAGGCUGAGAGCCCAGCGUGCGUGACUCAGACCCUUGGGAGACUUUGGACAAGGCUCUUUCCCUCUCUUUGAGCCUCAGUUUACCCUGUAUAAAAUGAGGAGGGAGUGAGUCUAGAUGUGUGGUUUUCAAAAUGGGUUCCAUGGGGAUAGCGUGGGAGCCAGGGAGGGAUUUCUCAGACUGUGGUUCAAAGCCCACCCUCAGGUUGUCUGCUGGAAAUGCAUAUUCCUGGGACCGCGCCCAGAUCUCCUGAAUCAGAAUCUGAGGGAGCGUGAGGGCAGGAAUUAGGGUUUGAAACAAGUUCCACAGGUGAUGUGGAUGCACAUGAGAUUUGAGGACCAUGGGGCUGGGUGAUUUUGUAUAUUGAGGUGAGAUUUUGUUUGAGAAUUAAUCACAGAAGGUAAAAUGUUUGGGAACACCCAACUGGCAGAAUUGGAAGGGCCUCCAAAGACUCAUUUCCAGUUUUGUGUGACUAGAGGGUAGGACAGAAACCUAAGCCUAUCUGGCUGGGGGAGUGGGGUGUGGUGGCGGUAACAUGGACCAGAUGCAGUGCUAUCCUGAGCGUGGCCGGAAGGGGUCGCCUGGAGCCGUGGCGUCCACCACAGCCUCCUAGCAUCCUGGGAUGUUGCAGAGACUGAGAGGAGACUUGCUGCAGAUCCCGGGAUACGUCCCUGUCUCUCCCUAGACAGAACCUGGUCCUCCUCCCUGAGGGCAGAGGCUGGGGCUCUGAGGUUCCAACGAGCCGACCACGGCGUCUCCCAGCUCCUCCAUAUUUUCCAGGAGGCUCGCAGCUCCCAGCCCAAGUUCCUGGUUCCUAGUAAUUGUACCAGGGAGCAGCUGUGUGCAUUGCCGUGCCCGUGCUUGAGACUCUCACCUGUGCCCUCUUGGGGACUAGGAUUGGGAGGGUCUGCCUCUGCCACCAUCACCCCCUGCCUGCCCCAGGACAAGAGAAGUAUGGGGACCCUCCAUCUCCAGCUGCCCAAGGCUGACGGGGCAAUGGUCCUGGGUCAUCAUUUUGUUGCAAGCUCUCCCAUGGGAUGGACCGAAAGCCCCCAGAAACAGAGCCACGCACACCCCUUCUUGACAGGAAAAGACCCAGCGGAGGAGGAGAAAGACCAUUUAUUUCUCCACCCACAGUGGGACUGGUAGAUUUUCAAAAGAGCAAUCACUGGCGUCCCUUUAAAUCUUGGCUGACUUCCGCCGUGGCAGCCAAUCAACAGAGGCAGAGCUGGUGAGUUGCCUGGGCAACAGGCCCCUGGUUGGCCGAGACCAUCAGCCACCCCACUGCCCACUUCCAAGGAAAGGGAAAUGGACUCUUUGCUGUCCGGUCUGCUUUUUAAACCUUCUGGCCUAAGCCAGGCCCUCCUUGUCUCACUCCUGAAGCCAGAUGCUCCAGCCUUUGGAUCUUGACAUUGGGAGCGAUUUGGUGGAGAGAAUGGGGUGGGGAGGAAAGGAAAACAGUGCCUUUAUCAGGGACAGACAUAAGGCCUGGGGAUGGCAGGGGAGAAGAAGGAGGUCAGGGUCGCAGAAGGAUGAAGAGACACAAGCACAAAAUAAGAUUCUCCUCGUCUGUCUCCCUGGCCCGCCCCUUUGCAAAACUGCUGAAUAUUCUGGGAGCUUCCACCCUGUGGGCCCACAACUGCCCAUCAGUGGGUGGCAGAGAUGGGGGGAGGCUGAGGCUCCCAAGUGCCCCCUUUUCUCCCGGACCCUCACCAGGCCCCCAAGUGCUUGACCCGAGUCCUUUUGUUUGCAGACAAGCCUGUACAGAUGCGAUAGAGACACAGAUGGGAAUCCACAUGGAGUAUCAUCACAGGGGUCUUUCUGUCUCUUCCCCCCCAGUCUGGGGGUAAGUAGAGGCACGUGGGUGUGCGUGCAUGUGUUCAACAGGACACGUGUGUUUGCGUGAGGGGGUGGGGCUCUCUGUCUUUUUGGUAGGGAGGUUGCUGUGGUUUCCGGUACACCCUUGCGACACUCUCAGGUAGCUAGGGUCGAAGCCGGCUGGCCCGCCAUCCUCCCAUCAUCCCAACUGCUACCAGCCAAAUCCCGGGAGCGCUUCUGCUUCCUCCUGCAGGCUCCUCCCCAGCCCUGAACGUGGGCCGCCAGGACACACCUGGCGGAGGGAGGCAUGUGCUGCAUGUGCUGGACCAGUGGCAAAGCAGGAGGGAAGGUGGACAGCCUUGGGCCUCAGGCCUUGGCCACAGCCUCGGACACACCCUGGGCUGUGAGCUCUGCCAGCACGUUGUCUAGGUAGCUAGCGUCUGGGUAGCCGUGGCCCGUGAGGUUGGAUCCAAACUCGGUCUUGUGGUGGAUCUCGUUCCACACCACGGUGUCCGACUCGCCCGUGGUGUUGGAUGUGCCGAUGGUGAAGAUAAGUCUCCGCUCCCAGGCGGUGAUGAGCAGCCUCAGCACCUGGAGGGCGGGGCAGGCAAGGGUCACAGCCAGCCCCACCCACAGCUUGAGUCCCUCCCUGACCACACUGUGGCUCCCCUGCAGGAUUCCCUGCGGCUGCCCAGCUCGGCCACUUCCUUCCCUAGACUGACUCCCACUCUGAGCUCCCUCAGUAAAAGCACUUUCCAUGUUA